UUCGUCACAAGCACUCUGACUGUGCAUGUUGAUCAGUAGAUUGGCAUGGUAUAAAUGUCAAGGCUUAUGUACGACUGGUGUUUGAUUGUGAACAACAGAAUUGUAUAUUUUCAUUCUAAUUUUAGAUUUUUGUAAACAGACUCAAUGGGAAUAAUAUCAAGUCUGCAUGUGGAUUCUGUACAAUGCAUUUGAGCAGGGCUGACCGCAGAAUUUUUCCCUGUUCCUCCAUGAUGGCUCUAUGGCAAGCCAUAGCCUUGCUUGUAAUUUGUGGACUUAUUGAGUGCAAUGACGGUGUGUGCAACGUAACCUGCACCACAGACUUUAUCUCCAUGCUCAACUGCUCCAAUUCUGACUCGGCAGGAGCAGCUUCGUGUCACGUAGUGGCAGAUUGCAGGGAUGAAAUUAUGUCUGCGAAUGGGAGCUGCACUAUCAAAUCGCCACAAUCCUGGUGCACAAUGGAGCCAGUGGAUAUGGACAUGAUAACGUCCUAUGAUACUAACUGCUCUAUCAUAGUAACACAAAUAACCAAACAAGGCAAUGUGGAGACCCCAACAAAGAGUCACUCUGAAAAUAUUGUUUUAUACAGAUCUGUUAAACCAAAACAACCUCUGAACCUAAACAUUACAAAAAUUGAUGGGGAUUUUAACCUCACUUGGGAUGUGGCUUAUACAGAACACUUUCUGUAUAAUAAAUUAUACUACAGAGUACGAUUACGAACCAAAAGUGACCCAGAAAAGACGGCACAAAUUUACACCCUGCAGCAGAGCAAACAAUCAAUGGUUAUCAUCGGUGAAAAACUCCUGCCAGGAAGGCAGUAUGUGGCAGAAGUUCAGGUUGCAGUGCAUCCUUCAGCUUUUACAUCCAUGUGGAGUGAAUGGAGCAGUGUUGAAUGGACAUCCGACUCUCCACAGUCAGAACAGUACUAUUUCCUGCUGUUGACACUUCCUGUUGUGAUGGUGGUGCUGCUUGUGUACAGUGGGAAAUUAGGGGGCAUCAAAAAGCUGUUCUUAUGGCAACACAUCCCAAGCCCUCAUGAGUACUUCACACCCCUCUACCAUACAUACCAAGGAGACUUUAAGAAAUGGGUCGGACCAGUCCUGACCUUCAACAGCUUUGAUGUCCUUGAGAAGAGCACCACUCUGCAGGUGCUUUGUGAGAAGCAGCAGAAUGAAAGCUCAGAGGAACCUGCUAACAGGCCCGGCGAGCGGGACUUUGGUCCGGCGGGUCAAAACUCAUCUAAACUCUACUUCCAUGGCAGCAACAGUCAAGGCCUCGCACACUCAGGCGGCCACAUAUCGAUGGACACCGUUACUGUAUCCGGUCAGGAGGGCGUCAUGGCCGACUGGUCCGAUGACAGUCACAGACAGAGCCUAGAGGACUUCCUCAACGACAAAGACGCCAAUCAGAGAGCGGCUGAGAUGGAUGACAGGCAGCCUCUUGUACCGGACGGCAGGAGGAGUUUACAGGGUUCAGACUUUGAUGACUGGCAUCUACAGGAGCACGACCUGGAGAACAUUGAGCAGGUCUCUCUGGACUCUUACGGUUCUAAUGAGCAGUCCGAUGACGGUUACCCACAAAUGGGUUUGGAUUUGGACACCAUAGACAGUGGAUUUCUGGAGUCCGACUGUUCCAGCCCCUCAGCGUUUGAUGGGAACGAGCAGAUCGAGACUUCAUCGCUGGAUGGCGUGGGACGCUCCCAUUCAAAUUAUGUCAAACAGUGGGUGGCUUUUACAUCAGUUCAAGUUGAUGCCCACAGCAAUGGAAAGUAGCUGUUCAUGGGAGUUUCUAUUGCUACAACAAACUAAAUCACAGCUGAAUAAUAGACAAUAGAAAGUGAAAGCAUCUACAAAUUGUUUGAAGACUUCACUAGUUGGACCUAACUUGCUCACAAUGUGUUUUAUUACACUGAACUGUAUUUGUGGCAUAAAUGGACUCAUUAGACAUCAGCUGUGUGAUCGUUCACAAGACAUUGCUCUACAUAAAGACUGCAGGACAGUAUGUGUGGCUGCAUCUCAGUUUGUAUACUAUCAUUCCUUUAGGUCUAUAGACUUUAGUCAAGGUAGUGCCAUAUUUAAUAUGACAGGAUUGGAAACGAGGCUGUGAGAGAAUGAAGUACAAUGCGAUCAAAGGAUAAGAGUGUUGUUUAACAAUAUACCAAUUGUUCAGCUGAUGGAAAACUAUUUUUAAUUGACAAAAAUUCUAGAAAACAGUUUCAAAAGUUGUGAAUUGUGAAAAAGACCUGACCUACAAGCUUUAUACAGUGUGUGUGACAAUGUAAAGUCUGUAAACUUGUCCUUCCCAGCCUCGUUUUAAUCUGUGUUAAAUUCAAUAUGGUGUCUAACUUGAUUAAGUUCUGUAGUCAGAGGUUUUGCUACUAAUAAUAAUUAUUUGUCACUCUAAUGGACUGGGUUGUACUUUUUCUGUCAUACUCUAUUUUUAUAUCUCAGUAAAAUAUUGUAACACUCGAUAUCUUAAUGUGACUUUGUCACAAGAACUUCAGAAUCCCAUGAAUUACUUCUCUUCAAAUCCUACUUAUGAAAUCUUACUACAUUUUAAAACCUUCUCUCCUUUUUCCUUCUCUUCUAAUCACUAUAACUACGGAAGUUAAUGUCUGACUGAAAGUAAAAGGAAGAAAGAAAAACCUAUGUAGUAAUGGUGAGACAUUUUAAGAUAAAAAAAUAUAGGCCUAAUUAUAUUUUCAGAUGUAUUACAACUGUGAGAUAAGAGGUCACAAGAAAUAAAGUCACAAUUACAAGCUAUAACAUCUGAGAUUUAAAACCAUAAAACGAUAACUGUGACUUUAUAGAUCAAAAUUGCAACAAAUAAAGUCAUAGUUGAUUUUUAAAUAAUUAAUUUUUAUUCUGAGGCAGGAUUCCAUAAUUAGUGUCCUUUAAGGUCCGUUCACACCAAGAAUGAUAACUGUAAAGUUCUAAAAAUCAUUCUAAAUUUAAGCGAAUUCACACCACAACUAUAACAAUAACAAUAUAGAGGUACAGUUCCACUUUCAGAAUGAUAUUAUCCAGCUGAUGAACAAUAAAGGCAUUGACAGCCAAUGAGAAUCCAUUCUGCUCUAACAAGCUUUUAAAGUGCAGUCGACAGAACUACACCAUGCUUCUAUAAUAAACACAACUUUAUUUUGCGUUGGUGUGGAUGCUAAUAUAGUUAGCAUUCUUGGUGUGAAUGAUGGAAAGCAUUUUGAAUUACAUUAUGCAUUUACAGUUUUGCCAAAUUAACCACACAACCUCUGCAUUUAGUGUGCAAGAGUAGAAUUAGUGCAUGCCAAAAUCAGAAUCAUCAUCUGUGCAUAUUUUUUGAUAAUAAGUUAAAGUUCAAGAUUCUAACUAAUAUUCAGAGUUUUUACACAAUGUGUAAACAUGUUUGGAACCUAAGAUAAGUAACACGUUUAGCUACAUGCUAACACACAGAAUGCACGACAGGGGUCUGUGGUGAUUUUAUGAUGUGGUGUUAUGUCAAUACUGGCAUACCAUCUUACUACUACUCAGCUGCAGCUCUGUACUUUCCCAGCAGCAGUUGAAGUACAUUUAUUCGGCAUGUAGCAAAAGUAUGGGACGUGAGGUGCGACCAGUGUUUAGGUACUGAUUAUCUAAUGAGGUAAGACUGAGAAUUAUGCAUUUCGUUUGCUUGCAGUUCUUCUGUCAUUGCACACAAUGUUGCAGUUAUCAGAGUUUGCUCUGAGCAAGAUAAGGCAUGUUUCAGACAGAUCUACAAAAUGUCAAGCACCUGAUAAUACUACGGGUAUUUCUACAUAUCAGAUCUUUUGUACAAAUCAUUAGCUCAGCAGAGAGAAUAUUUGAUCUGUUUUGGGGAUUUUUUGGUUGUUGUUGUUUUUUGUUUUUUUGUCAAGUGUUUUUUAACCUUUUUCAUUUUUCCAUUAAUCCUCAGAUUUCCAUGAAAUGAUUCAUGCACUUUAUUUUAAUGAUAUGAUAAUUUAUUACUAAGGAAGUAGACACUUUGAUGGUUGGAGGUGAUUACAGAUGUUAUUUGCAGCUAGAAUGGAGGGUUUAAAAGCAAACUUACAUUUCCUUUUUAGCCUUAUUACUGUACUAUUCAGCCAAAUGAGUAUUAACAAGCAACUUUUGCUUAUAUAAGAAACAUCAACUUGUAUAGCAACAUUUGUGGGCUGAUUUUUCAAACUGUAUAUGCAGGAGCACUUUUAAAAUGUUUUCUGCAACAGCUAAAAGUGAAAGAUGAAAAAGACUGCGACAUACAGCAGAAAGCCACAUAUAAAAGUUCACAUUUGUAACUUUUAAUCUCUUAAAUCACUGUGCUAAAUGUCAGCUGCAGUCAUUUAUAGAAUCAGUCAUACGUGGGGAAGGUCACAUCAAUAUGUUUCUGACUGGAAAUGUUACAGAUGUAUUAUUGGUAUAAUUUAGUAAAAUAAAAAAAUAACAAAGAAUUAUGUUUAGGCCUAUUCAAAAUGCAUUCAGAUCCUCCCUUUGAUAUAAUACCUGUAUGCAAACUCUUCUGUGAGCAAACUUUCUCCUUGCUACAGUUACAUUAUGUUGUAUAUACGGUUUAAAAUCUCCUAAGCGAAUGUGUUAACCUGCAAAAGUUAAUUUAUUGUGAGAGUUUAGUGUGUAAUUCCAUUCGUGUAGUUUGGUGAAGUGAGAACCUUAAGAUACCAUCUUCACUAAUGAGAGAUUUUUCGAUAAAAUUUGAGGUUAAGACCUCCUACAUAAACAGGAACUUCUCUGUAUAUAAAGCCGUCUUGAUGCCCUUCACUGCCUCAGACUUCAGCUUUCACUCUAUUAUGUAAUAUUUCUCUAAUGCUUCAGAAUAAAUUUGGUGAGUUGAUAUGAGUCUUCUUUAAAUUUUGAGCGUACAUGCUUCAUUUUUAAACAUCUUGGGUUGUUUGAAUUCUCAUUUGAAUGAACAUCUGAUUUUUUAUCAUUUAGAGUUUAAAUGAAUGGAAACUGAGGGGGUUUUAUAUUGAAGGUUUAAAAUGAAUCAUUCUUGUAUUCCUUACUUGUAAGUUGCCUCUAAUGUUUUUAAUAAAUUGUUACAUUUAUGCA